UAAUGUUGCCAUCACAAUAUUUUUUUCUCCCUCUGCGCUGCGGUACCAUUGCACUUUGUAGUUGACUAGUUGUGGAAGCUUGGGAUAGCCGUAGCUUCGUCUUGGUGCCUGCGAAGCUUAGUCCUGGUCAAUCAUGGCAUCGCCAGUGCGCCGUAAGAGCGCCGUAGUCAAAUUCAAUGAGAUAUACGACCUUUUGGACGACCUGGGAAAGGGUGCGUUCGCGGUGGUCAAACGUUGUAAGCACAAGGAAAACAAACGUGAGUUUGCUGUGAAAAUUUUCAACACGGUCAACAUGAAGGAGAGAGAAUUAUCCAAGCUGGACCGCGAGGAAAAGAUUUGCUUGCGUCUUGCUCACCCCAACAUAGUGCGCUUGAACGAAACGUUUACCGGACCGGCAACCCGCUACAUGGUGUUCGACUUAGUGACCGGUGGCGAGUUGUUUGAGGAUAUCGUAGCUCGCGAGUACUACAGCGAGCGUGAUGCCAGUCACUGUAUCCAGCAGGUUCUGGACGCUUUAUCCUACUGUCAUGAACGUGGGAUAAUGCACAGGGAUCUGAAGCCGGAGAAUCUGCUGCUUGCUUCAAAACAGCGCGGGGCCGAUGUGAAGCUGGCCGACUUCGGACUAGCAGUUGAGAUAAAUCCCAGCGGUGAUGAUCAUUGGUACGGAUUUGCUGGCACCCCGGGCUAUCUGGCACCGGAGGUCCUCAAUCACAAGCCGUAUGGUAAGGGCGUGGAUGUGUGGGCAGUGGGAGUUAUCCUCUACAUCUUACUUGUAGGCUACCCGCCAUUCUGGGAGGACAGCCGUACCAAGCUGUACGAGACGAUCAAGAAAGGCAAGUACGACUACCCGAGCCCGGAGUGGGAUACUGUCACCAAGGAGGCGAAACAUCUCAUCGACAAGAUGCUGUCGCUGAAUGGGGCGCGUCGUAUCUCUGUCAAGCAGGCUCUACAGCAUCCGUGGGUUGCUCAGCGCGACCGCAUCGCCUCUGGUGUACACCGACAGCAGACCACGGAGAGUCUGAAGGGAUUCAACGCACGGCGAAAGCUUGUCGGUGCAAUCCUCACUACGAUGGUGACAAAACGUAUCUCAACUCUAACUAUAGACAAGAGGUCGACAACGGACGCUGGUGCUGCUGCUGCUGUCGCUGCUGCACCAAAGGACGUUGUCGACGAGGUGAUCGGAGCAACCCGUCAGCUGCUCGGUGCCGUCGAUAGAGGCUCUUGGAGCGACUUCUGUGCUACUUGCGAUCCAGACAUGAUCAGUAUUCUACCAGGUCAAGGCCAGCAAACUGUCAAGGGCCUGCAGUUUCACAAAUUCUACUUUGACAACUACAACAAGGCCGCGGUUGCACGCACAACCCUCAACUCACCGUCAGUGAAGGUUGUUAGUGACGGCGUGGCCCUCAUCAGCUACUCAUGCGUACUUCAGGAGGCAAAGCCCGGUGCCCUGCAAACCAGCAGCUCCUACAUGGAGAGCCGCGUCUGGAAGAAGGUUAGCGGCAGGUGGAAAUGUCAGCAAGUACAUCGCUCGGCCGUGCUCAAGGACUCGACUGCUGUGUAAUUGCUGCACCUGCGAGCAGCUCGGAAAGUACUGAUGCCCUCGACUUCCCAACAUCACUUUCAAUUAUAAUGGUAUGGCUGAAUGAUUGGCUGACGAAAUCCCCAUGGCAAGUCCUACUGGUUAGUUCACAUUACUAAGAUGAUGUAGCCAUGACGGACCGGUGAUUUUCUCGUUCUAUUCAUACUAGCUCUCUCUCCCUCUCUCUGUCUUUUGUUCACCGUUUUGAUUGUUACCAUUUUUUUGGUUUGUUGUGUUCUGAAACGAUGCAUCAUGACCAGGCCUGACUAAAUAAUCAUAAUAUUUCUAGACCAGCUAUGAAGUCGUGUACAACUAACCUAGAGACAAGAAGCGAAGAGACAGAACAUGUCCAUUUUGCCGUCACAUUCAGACUUCCGGCAGCAUAAUACUUCUCCCACUGCGAGGUAUUGUUCUGUUUUAACAUGACAUUGUAUGGUUUGUUCUUCACUGUUUGUGCAAUCUGUGGGACUCGCAGUAUGCCAAGAUUA